AUGACUACACGAGUCCCCCAGCGCGUGAUCUUUGACCACGUGAUCACAAAUGAAGGAAGCGGGUACAACGUGAGUACAGGAGUAUUCACGGCCCCUUUCAACGGCACUUACUUCUUCAUCUUGACUGUGGCUCAAAAAAAAAUCAAUGACACCGCAGAGCUCAUAAUCUACCCCUUGGCUGGAGAUUGUAGUUACUCAGUGACUUGUAGCUGUGUGGAAGAAGUUCAUUAUGUUCAACCAUUUGAUGUUCUUAGUUCGACUGGCUGGCUGGUGGUCGUCCUUCUCUUGUUAUGCACUGAAAUAAGCUCGUUUCAAUGGACGUCUGACAUUCAAGAUGGCGCCGAUGUGUACGCAUGCGUAAACGAGAGCGUGACCUUCCCUUGGCGCUAUGCUGUAGACCGUGGAGAGGUGGUCGAGGACAUCAAGUGGUAUUUUCAAUCACAAACCUCCAGUCACGUGGGCAUUGCCGGUACCGUUCAAGGUCAGUUUUUCCCUCUGCCGACGCCAUUUUCUAACAGAAUACGUCAAGUCGAGGAGGCGGGGCUUCAGCUGAUGUCUCCGACCACACGUGACCGGGGGAGCUACUCCGUGACAGUCACUGUUCUCCGCGGAUUGUCCUUCGCUACCUACAAUCGCACAGCGUUCUUAAUAAUGGCAGAAACUCCUCUGAUUCACCACAGCGAGGCUCUGUGGGCACAGCAAGAGCGUGCUACAGUCUACGACAACAACACUGGGCAGCUGCAUGUGCAGCUCUCGUGCGGAAAAUACGUUACCACUGGGAACCCGCCUGUGUCUGUUGAAUGGAAGUUUCCCUCCGGCGAGACUCAACUUGUGUCAACGCACAUCAACGGUAAAUUUUUUCUCACCCUGCCCAACCCCGUGGAGGGAGGUAACUACACGUGUCGCCUGUCAUCGAGGUUUCCUCCCGUGUCUUGCCUUCCUCGCAAUUCCAGCGUGUUUGCGAGUUCAUCUGUGACUGUAGACGAGGUGAAAAUCAGACUUUCACUGCUGGAAGGUGAGCAAGAGAUGAAUAAAAUAGAGAAACAAGACUUGCGGGAGGAAGUGGAUCGCCUGAAAGAGGAAAACCAGAAGCUCAGGGAGAUCGCCAACAAUCUUCAGAGAUACAACAGAGAAGAGAACAUGAAGGUCAGGUUUGACGCCCGACUGGGAACAGCAAAAGGUUUUAGUACUAAUCAAAUUAUAAUAUUUGACCUCAUGAUGGCGAAUGAAGGAAACGCCUACAAUGCAACCACAGGAGUAUUCACGGCCCCUUUAAACGGCUUGUAUUUGUUUGAGCUCACGCUGGACCAAUAUUCAUCAUCCCGGUUACCCAGCUGGAGCAAAGUUAUCCAAUCAGACCACAACUUUUGCCAAGUAGAUCUUCAAGCAUUUAACAACAUAGUAAAAAGCUGUGAGUCCACUGUUUACCUAUCACAGGGGGAACAGCUGUGGGUAACGAUGCAAAGUAAUUAUGGCUAUAGUUUUAGCUUAAUUGCAAUGUAUUGCUCUUUCGUUGGCUUUUCUAUAAACCUUGACAUCCCAACAGAAACAUGAGGAUUUCAUGCCUGGCACAACACUUAAAAUUUAAUGAGUUAUCUUAAGAAAAAAACUUGAAUGUAAAGCACAUCCUGAAGAGUCACAUUGAAUUAGUUUCUUAUCAACGACACAAGGUUAGUAUAUUAGUCCUCGUCUAUGUCAUUAGGUUGUUGGUUUUUCUUUAACUGAAUAAAGAUGGCGGCUAAUAAACAUUUGCAGUGGUUUUGCCUCAUCUUAUGAUCCAUAGUACUGUUUGGUAUUGUAAUUUUUAGGUACAAUAAUCUGUAUGGUUAAUAUAAUAAUAUUUCCGAUCAGUUUUAAACUUAUCAGCUUAUAAUUUUAUUUGGCUUUUAAUUAGUUCUAUAAGUUAAAUGUUUACUUAUAAUAAUACUUCUAAUCAAUUGUAUGUUUAUAAACUGUAUAUUUAUGCUUUUUGUUCUGGUGAACAAUUAAAGAUUUUCUGAAGUUUUGUUAA